AUGUCGCUAAGUGUUAAGCCUAAUGUUGUUGUCCACGAACCUGGUACCUAUCCAGAUCUGGAACGCGAAGGUCUUCAUGUGGAACCAGGAAAAUUGAAUGAAAUCAAUUACAAACCAGUGCUGUGGAAACUUUUAGACACUCCACAAAGACCAUGUCGACAGGAACACAUAGAUCGUGAUCCCGAACUGGCACGAAUCACAGAUCAUACUUUAGCCGAAUCCCUAAACUCUGAUUAUGCCUACGCAUAUCAUGAUCUGAAUGUUUCCUAUAGAUACACUCAACCCCAGUGUAUAUUAUUUCAUCAACAAGAGGAUAUUAUCAAAGAAUGUGGUUGUCAAUAUAUCUAUCACCCACGUCCACAAUUUCCGUCGCCUGAUCUCCCCUAUUGUGGAUCGAUUAUGGAGAAUGGUAUCAAUGUGAUGGUGUUAAGUGAACGCGUCCAGUGUCUCACAUCUGGCCCGUUGAAUGCUACAGUUAGACAACAUUAUGAAAGAACUAUCUGUCAGCCAAGAUGUCAGUAUUACACUUAUGAGAGUACAAUCUCGGUGACAACAUGGAGAGCUGUCGACUGGCAACUUCACUGGCUUCGGCAGUUGAAUAGAGCUUUUAAAUCAAUGCAGCAUGAAGCAAAACAACAUGGGGAAGACUGGAAUAUUACAAACAGUCAUGGAUUCCAACGAUGGAAAGAAUACUAUGAACAAGAUAAUCUGACAAAUAAGUUAAUCGGGGAUCAAUUACUGAUGUGGAAAACACAAAUCAGACCUAUGAUUAUCACGUUUUCACUAGCAUAAUAUGUGAGAAGGUCUAUAAACAUGUUCUGUUAAGAGGAUUCUUACUACAAGAUAAAGUUACUUCAUAAGAAAGAUCAUUUCUGAAGGCCACUUCCUUAGGAUUUAUGGAAUAGCUAAUGUUCGAGAAGUUAACUGCAUUUCACUUCAUAUCGUAC